GUAAUAAAGGCUAAAAGGAAUUCUUUUCUUAGCAAGAAAAUGAAGCUAUCAUUGAAGAAGUCAUGGUUGGUAACAUUAAUUAAGGACCUUAGUCCGACAACAUCCGGAUCUUCUAGAGGCAUUGUAUCUAAUGGUAUCACCAAAUAUGGACAUUUGGACAAAUUACCAAGUCCGUAUAGACUAGUCGGAUUUCUGUUUGCAACAAUUGGAGUAUUAGUGACAAUGAGAUGGGCUAUUGUCUUUCUUGUUUCCUUGCAUGGUUCCACCUUCACACAGUAUUCUCCAGCAGUGCCGCAAGAUGAGCAUGAAACCAGCCAUGAAACCUCUGAACCAAUCACAGACUGUUACAAGAAUCACGUGCUUGAGGAGCUGUCAGAUCGGCUGCAUCUUUUAGAAAUAGCGUUUAAAGAACAGGUGUUUGCGCGUGAAACCAUAGUCCGUGAAAUCAAUGACCAGUCAGAUGUUUACGGUUCUUUGGACAGAAAGCUAGCUUUAUUCCUAGAAAAACUGGAUAAUGUAACACAUGAGUAUGUCAGUCUAGAAUUGAAGUAUAAAGAAUUAUCUUCAAGGGUGGAUUCAGACGAGACUCUAGGGGCGAUAAUUCUGUUGAUGGUCAUGCUACAGCUGUUUUGCAUGUUCAGACCAAAAGUUCUGGAAUUCCUUGGACCGGUUAUUGAUUUAAAGCCUGCACUCAAUAAACUAAUCCAACGACCGAAAUUGGAAAGAAAGACCUCAUCAAAUCCUGGAACUCCGAAGCAUAUGGCGGGUUUACGUAAUGAAGUCUGUGUGAUUUGUUUUCAACGUGAAUGUGCGGAUAGCCUCAUUUUGAAAUUAACGGAAGCCAUGUUCCGCCAUCUUGAAGGGUUCAAGGUCACAAUGAAGCCGUUUUAUGCCAUAUUUUCUAUGGAAGAUCUCAGGAACAUGCCACAUGUAAAACUUUAUGUAAUUAUGGUAGAUCUAGAGUCUAGAGGCCUUUAUAUUAAUGGAUGUGAAAAAGAUCUUGUUUUCACGACUAUAAAAUACACAAAAUCACUGGGAGCCCAGUCGGUCGUAGUUAUCACUAACGACGAAGGAUCAAAAAAUUUAACCGCUCACAGCAUUUACAACUCAACUUUACGCAUGGUAAAAACAAAUGAUAAUCUACAGGACAUGGCAGCAAAUGGUCGACUGUUUAGCAUGUGGCAGGAAAUGACGUCACAUCAACUCAGCCAUCUUAGAAGAAUGGUGAAAACAGUGUUGAAUGCAAAACUGAUCAUGAGAUGACGUGUUAAAGAGAGCCUUAUCAUAAAUACACAGUGAAAUCUCGAGCCAUUUGUGUCAAAGCAGCCAAAUUAGCUCGAAAUUACAGAUGUAUAUUGCUCAAAUAAUUAUAGAACUAGAUUUUUCUAAUAUGAUGUUUACAUAUUAUGUCGUCUUGAACAGUGGUUUUGGUUAUCUUUACCAAUUUGGAAUACUUAUGAACAUAAAAUAUGUUCUGCUGAAAUGAAUUUUUCAAUAAAUAAGUUCAAAUUUUCCGUUUUGAUGCCAAAUAACAAAUAAAACUAUACGUCGCCUAGCCAUUUUAAAGGUAAGAAAAUGUAGGAUUUCUACAUAUGAAGGUGUACUGAACAAUCACAAAGUUUUUGUAUGGAAGAUAGAAAGCAAAGCAUUUUAUUCACUAUCAAGCUUUUACAUUUUGUUUUUACAAAAUAUCAAAAUGGGUUGCUUUCUUUGAUAUUACUUCAUAAAAAAGCGAUAAUUUGCGUGUUUUUCUGUGUGUUUUUGUUUUGUUUGUGUUUUUAUGUUGUUUAUCUUAAUUAUAAAUAUAUUUGAUGACAUAAACAAAUGUAUAUUAUAUGAAAACAUAUUUGUUCAAAUUGAUACGUGUAUGCAUAAAGUGUU